AAUUGAUACUGACAAUGUGGUACUAUGAUACAACUAUCUACUUUUUGUUAGUGGUACCUGUAGCAGCAUUCAUUGAAUUCACACAAAUGCCACUAAGUCAGGCUGUUGUAUUUGGACAAAAUGUUGUACUGAAUUGUGAAGCUGUAACAGAUCAACCUGGUACCCUCACAUAUACUUGGUACCACAAUGGGACCCAGCUGACAGCCUCUGUAUUUUCCAACAAUUCCCUUUUGAUAGUUGAUGUACAGCAAAAUAAACUUGGUAACUACAGUUGUCAUGUGACCAGCAGUAACCAUUCAGAGACCAACAUAUUGUCAUCAGCAGUCCUCAUCCAAGCAUAUAUAAGACCGUUUGUAACUAAUCCAUCACAAGUAACAGUUACAGAAGGAGACACUGCCAUACUAGAAUGUGUUACAGGGGAAAGUGCCCCACCCCCUCAAGUUUAUUGGGAGAAAGAUGGACAGCCAGUCACCUCUGGUUCACAGUUUAAAGCAAGAUUUGGGACACAAUUAUAUGACAUGAUUGGACAGUACUACAUGAAGCUUAUAUUGGAUUCUAAACCUAGGGAGACUGGAUUAUACUCCUGUGUAGCAGUUAACACAGCCCAAGGAAUACAAGUAAAGAGUUUAGUUGUACAGGUUAAAAUAUCUGCCAUAGAAACAAAACCAUACAUAGAUGUAGAUAUUUCCCAGAAUUCUUCAGUGAUGGCACCUGAGAGUUUUCAAUUGGUUCUCAACUGUGCAAUAGGUAGCUUCCCUAAACCUGUAAUCACAUGGUACAAACUCCAAGAUGUCAUUGUUCCUGACUCCAGAGUUAGAGUCUUAUCAAAUGGUAGUUUAGAGUUUGUGCUACUGAUUCAAGAUGACCAGGGUUACUAUUUCUGUGAAGGCAGCAACUAUCUUGGUCACAUCAGAACUCAGGAUGUAUUUGUUCAAGUUUCAUAUAUUGACCUUUUAUUCCAAGAAGAACCAGAAUCUUUGUAUAUAACAGCUGGGCACCCAGUUGUUCUUCACUGCUCUCCACCAACCAGCUUUCCUUUAGCUAAUGUAUCAUGGUACAAAAAUAACCAGCCAAUGAAAUACAGGACAGGGGAACAAGCUGUUUACAUUGUUGAUCCUGUGGUUGGAAUCUGGAAUCUAUUCUUUACAGAUAUACAGAAGCAGGAUGAAGGAAGAUAUUUUUGUGUAGCAUCAAACAAUUAUGCUAUUCCCACAUCUAGAACCUCAAAGUCAUCGGACUUACAGAUUGGAGGUGGUCCAGUGUUUGUAGAUCCUCCAGUAUCCACCUCUGUGGUUACAGGAGAAGGGACUCAGAUGACAUGCAUGGUUGGAGGAGAUCCCUUCCCACAGAUAACUUGGUUUUUAAAUGGACUUAUGGUCCUUCCUGAUGAUACAUUAAUUUUAAGGAAUCAGAAUCAAGAACUUCACAUGGCAAAUGUAAACAAGAUAAGAGAAGGGCUUUACACAUGUAGAGCUACAAAUAUAUAUGGUGAAUCUGAAUCUACUGCUUAUUUGAAAGUUUUGGUGCCACCAGUUAUUAUAGAUUUCACUGAAUCAGUCACAGUUCUAUCAAACCAUGAUUUGGUACUACCUUGCUAUGUAAAUGGAGAUCCCAAACCUACUAUACAGUGGUUAAAAGAUGGUAAAGAUAUUACUUCAAGUGACAGGAUUCUUAUUGGGUCAUCUGACCUUACUGUGAAGAAAGUUGAUCUUACUGAUGCAGGAAUUUAUACCUGCCAUGCAUUUAAUAUGGCUGGCGCUAUUUUUAAUACGGCAACUGUCAUAGUUAACAUGAAGCCAGAAUUUCUCAAGUCACCAUUGAACAAAACUGUAAUCCUUGGCCUGUCUGUAGCCAUGGAUUGUGAAGUCAGAGGUCAUCCAACUCCAACAGUUUCUUGGCUGUUUAAUGGUACUAACCUACUUCCACAUGGCACUAUUGUAUCUAGUGAUAAUCAUGGAAUACAUGUUGCUAUGGUUACAUGGCGCCAUGUUGGAUUGUACACCUGUGUGGCCUCAAACAUACUGGAAGCUGUCACCAGGGAUGGGAGAUUGAGCGUACAUGUUUUGCCAAGAAUCCAAGCCAUAAAUGGAGAUCCGGUUGUCUAUUUGAAUCAAGAGCUGGAUCUUACUUGCACAGUUAGUGGUAUACCAAAUCCUACUAUAAAAUGGGUCCAUCAAGACACAGCAGUUGUCCCAUCACUAGAUGGCAGAGUGACUAUACCUGCACAAAACAAACUCUUUAUUAAAUAUGUCAAAGUUUCUGAUCAAGGUGAAUAUAAAUGUGUGGCAGAAAACCUGGCUGGUAAAACAGAAUUUCCAAUUACAGUUACAGUCAUAGAGUCUCCAAUUCCACCAGUGUUAACAAGAGCUGUGUCCUUCACCUCCACAACUGUGACCUUGAGAUGGUCACCUUCAACACAGAAUCCAAACACACCACUCUCUCAGUACAUCAUAUAUUACAAAAAAGAAAUAGAUGUAGAUUACAAAAGAUUACCCAUUACAGCAGGCAGUACAGAUUCACAGAUAGAAGUGGUUGGUUUAUCACCAGGAACCAUGUAUAUGUUUGUAGUGUCAGGGGUAAAUCCAGCAGGGGAAGGCAGUCUUAGUAAUGUGUUAUCUGCUAAAACUAUGGACUCAGGUCCAUCAGCACCAAGAAACUUGAAAAUAUUGUUUUCCAACAGCUCAACUAUGCAAUUAGAAUGGGAAAUUCCUGCUGAAACAAAUGGUCAGAUCAGAAAAUACCAAGUAUGGUAUAAAAUAAAGGGAGACAACACUGAAAUUAUGUCCCUUGUUACAACUAAAGAUAUCAGCAAACCAUCAGUUACCUUGACAAUAAAUAACCUUGACCCUUUCACUCCGUAUGAGUUCAAGGUCAGAGGUGCUACAGAAGAAAGUGGUGAAGAUAUGUGGGGAGAAUUAUCAGGAUAUAUUGAUGUGAAAACAUCAGCUUCAGUUCCAAGUGAUGUUCCACAGAUCACAAAAGUACAGACAUUAUCAUCAACUGCUAUUCAAGUAGGAUGGCAGGACCCUCCAAUUAAAACAUGGGAUGGUCAGAGUUUGAAGUACCGUGUAUACUCUACUGAUUUAAAUUUUACCUCUGCAACAAAUCAGAUUACAACAACACAUUUUUCUAUCAAUAUCACCACCUUAUCACCAUGGAGAUGGUACUCUUUUGUCUUGGAGAUUGGAAAUGAAGCUGGUUGGGGAGAUAGAAGCAAUGCUGUUAUUUCAAAUACAUUUCCAUCAGCACCCUCAGCACCUCCAGUGAUAUUUAGUAUACAAGUAUCAGAUAAAGAAGUUAAAGUAACAUUUCAGUUACCAGACAAAAGUACAUGGAACAGUAAAUUAACAGGAGUUAUUAUACAGUAUACAGAUGGAAAUUCUGUAGAGACAAACUAUGUUGAUAAUAUACAGAAGACUUCUUUGACAAUCAGACAACUGUUACCUUGGACUGAAUACAGACUAAGAUUAGGUAUAUAUACAGACACUGUAACAAAUGGUAAUGGGCCAUAUACAGAAUGGAGAACUGUCAGGACUAAUGAAUCAGCACCUGGUAAAGUUGGAAAUGUCAAUUACCAAGCCACACCCACAAGCAUCACUUUGACCUGGUCACCCCCACAAAAACCAAAUGGAGUUAUUCAGCACUAUGUAAUCCAGUAUCAGGAUAAAGGUUUAGAUGAAGACCACUUAACAUCCAAUGUUCUGGUAUUCAGACCAACAACUGAAGAUACUAUGUCUGGUAAUGGAGUGGUCACCAGAAUCCAAACAGAUUUGACAACAGUGAUAUUACAGAAUCUAUCACCAGGCCAUGUAUUCAGGAUUACUAUUGUGGCAGUAAAUGGUGCCAGUGUAGGAGACCAGUUUUAUUACACAGCAUCAACAACCUUUUUGCCACCUUUGCCUAUUGAAACCACAACCAAGGAGGAAAUGUCAACUGAGGCUACAACAAUCAGCCUCUCUCAAUCAAAGGGAGUCAACUCUGUUUUAUCACCAGCAGUUUUUGGUGGUAUUAUAGCUGGUGCUGUACUUGUUGUCAUGGUGAUUAUACUGGUUACCUGUUUAUGUAUAAGGAGGAAAAGAUUAGACCAGGCUAAAUACGUGAAUACAAAAAAUCCUGGAGUAUUUGGAAACUUACAAGGAGACAAAUCUUUAAGAACAUCCAAAUCUGAACAGUUAGAAGAUAGAGGAUCAUUAAGGAGAAUAGAUUUUGUUGGAGACUCUGUACAAUAUGGAUCUAAUAAUAAAACAAAGAAGGAGCAGCCAUCAAUAGUUAUAUCUUCUUUAGAGGUACCAGGAACACAGCUGAUAAAGAGAUCAAGCAAUAAUUCUAUAAAUGGAAUAGAAAAUCCAGGUUAUAAAGAUCAAACAGGGGAUACAGAAUCACUAGCUGUUUCUAUGACAUUGUCUUCAGAAGAUUUUUUGGCAGAGUCUGCAAGUUUAAAAAGAACUAGUCGAAUGAGAACUGAGAGUGCUGCAGCUAUAGCAGUAUUACGUAACCAACGACUACCAAGGUUACCUAGGUCACAGGAUGAUACAGACACUUUAAUAAACCAUGACUCUGUGGUGAUUUAUACAGAAAGGACAGCUCUGUGACCAAUCUUUUGUUAUUUCAUUUCACACUGAUCAGGGAUGAUCUUUUACAUCAACACAGUAUUUAUAGAUAAUAUUAUUCCAAUUCACAAUAAUUAGGAAUGAACAAUUAUUAUCGUUAUAUGAAUACAGCAUUUUGUUUUGUUUCAUUUUCACUUUUUGAUCUCAUUGCAUCAAUCAAUAUGUGUUCAAACAAAAAAAUCAAAAGGUGAACGUUUUAGGUUUUAGGAUUUUUUAAAAGUGGGAAAUGGAAGGGGGUUGAUCAUUUGGUUUUUUUCUCACUAAACUGUUAUCUCAUUUUUUGCUUGUUUAUUUUUGGUACACUGAAACUAUUUACAGAAGCGAUUUUACCUAAAUAUUAUGCAACAGAGCAGAGUUUUUCCCUUGUCCCUCUGUAUGUCUUUAAGUUGGUUUCUGUUCUCUAACUUUAGUUUAACCUUACAAAAUGUAGUGAAACUUAUACACAAUGCUUUAUAACCACGAAACACAGAUCAAGUUUGAAUUUUAGUUGUGUAACUUAAACCAUUCUAGAGUUAUGCCCCUUUACAUAUGGAAAAUUGCUGAAUUUUUCGUUUCAAUUUUCCAACUUAAGUUUGCCUUUACU